AUGCGUCUCAUCAAUACUCUCACUCUCGAAUUCAAAGAAUUUCUGGGUUCGGAUGUGCCGAAAUAUGCCAUUCUGUCGCACACGUGGGAAGCUGAAGAGGUGUCCCUGCAGGAAGUGAGGGACAACUUGCUGUCCCCAACGAUCAAGCAGGGCUACCGCAAGAUUGUCAACUUCUGCCGCCUUGCCCGCAGCGAAGGGCUUGCCUGGGCCUGGGUCGACACCUGCUGCAUCGACAAGACGAACCUCGCCGAGCUGACGGAGAGCAUCAACUCCAUGUUCCGCUGGUACCAGGAUGCUGCCAUCUGCUACGUCUAUCUCUCCGAUCUCCCAACCAACGCCGAACUCGCCGAAGCCCUCCCCGGCUGCCGAUGGUUCACCCGCGGCUGGACGCUUCAAGAACUGCUCGCCCCCAAAACAGUGCAAUUCUACGACAGAGACUGGGUGAUGCGAGGCACAAAAAAAAGUCUGGUCAGCAAUCUCGAGGCAAUAACCGGCAUCCCGGAAGCGGUUCUGAUUCAGGCCGUCCACAUUUACGACGUCAGCAUUGGGACGCGCAUGUCGUGGGCUGCGGGGCGGGAGACAACACGGUUGGAGGACACCGCCUAUUGUUUGCUCGGCAUUUUUGACGUCAACAUGCCCUUGAUAUACGGGGAGGGGAGCAAGGCAUUUCGGCGUCUGCAGGAAGAGAUUAUCCGCCAGAGCAACGACCUAACCAUUUUCGCGUGGGCUCCCUCGAGUCCUUGGGACACACCAUGGCUGCCUCCAAUUGCUUGGCGGGGGUAA